GGUAACCCACUUUAGCUCACCGGUAAGCCAAUCUUUCAACUCUCUCUCUCUCUCUCUCUGUUAAACCUACUGUCUCGUCUCUCUAACUCUUUCUUGAACCCUUCAUCGGAAUUCACCAGCCGGCCGCCGGAGAUGACACCUCCUCCUCCUCCCUCUUCUUCUUCUUCUUCCUAUUCUCCGUCGACAUCCUAUCUAGAUCAGACUGGCGGUGAUCUGCAUCGUCAACAAUCAACCAAGCGCAAGGGGAAGCGUUCAGACAAUGCUGAUCAGAUCUCCAACUCCGCCGCCAGAAGAAGCUCCAUCUAUAGAGGUGUCACCAGGCACAGGUGCACCGGGAGGUUUGAGGCCCACCUGUGGGACAAGAGUUCGUGGAACGGCAUUCAGAACAAGAGAGGACGACAAAUUUAUCUGGGUGCAUACCAUGACGAGGAAGCCGCCGCGCAUACAUUCGAUCUUGCUGCACUCAAGUACUGGGGCGCCGCCGCGCCCUUAAAUUUUCCGAUCGAAACUUACGCCAAGGAGAUGGAGGAAAUGGGGAAACUGUCGAAGGAGGAGUACUUGGCAUCGCUGCGGCGGCGGAGCAAUGGCUUCGCCAGGGGCGCAUCCAAGUACCGCGGCGUCGCGAGACACCAUCACAACGGCCGGUGGGAGGCGAGGAUCGGGCGAGUCACCCUCAGCAAGUACUUGUACUUGGGGACUUACAGCACCGAAGAAGAAGCAGCAGAAGCAUACGACAUGGCAGCCAUAAAAUACAGAGGGCCAAACGCAGUCACAAACUUCGACAUCAGCAUCUACGCAGACCGUCUGAACAACAUAUUUGCCCUUAACGGCAUGCUGCAGAGGCAACCGCCAGAAGAAAUACCCGCGGAAGAGAACAAGAAGAUGAGCGAGAAGAACAAGAUAAAGAAAAAGAACAAGAAGCAGAAGCGGCAAGAGCCGGCUCCACAGGAGGAGAAAGAAGAAAAAAUAAAUCUACAGCCGGUACAUGAUCUACUAUCUCCUUCGGUUACGGCACUCGAAAUGGAGGCCAUGGAGAGUCUGCUGCUUCCGGCGCCGGAUAUUGUCUCCGAGGUAGCCGGUCGGCUGCCAGAGCUGUUGGACGACGGAGGCUUUGAGGACAUUGAAACCUUGAUUGGUGCACUGACCAACGACGACGAUGAUGAGGGUCUGGAGUUCGAUCCAGAUAGCUUGUUUACCGCCGACGUGGUGGCCGGGGCCGAGGAGGAGAAGAAGCGGGAAGGAUAUGCUUCGCCGCCGCCGCCAUUUCCGUCAUCUUCAACAACAACCUUGGUUUCUUGUAACUAGAGCUUUAUUUCCUGUCGCUUGGUUGUUUUUUUAAGGUUUUGAAUGUUAAGC